AUGAUAUUCCGUGCGACAACCUCUAUACUCCUUUCGGUUCUGGGCUCCUGGCAAUGUCUCAACCACGUAAAUGAAUUCGGCACAUCAUGGAAACAUUCGGCCAAGCAACAUGACACUGUCGGUGUGAGGAUCAGUAGAUUACUAACGGUUGAGGUGUAUGUGCAAGCACCACCACCACAUAAUACAUUGCUCCUCAGUCCUGGUAAGGGUCCACCUACAAAAGUCGCAUCGAAGCAGAAGCCAGGACAGUCCGGUAAACCAACAUCGAAGGUUGGUGACGAAGGGUCGUUACCGCAAUCCCCAAAGAAUGGUGCACAAAGUGAACAGAAGGAAAAGACGCCAAAACGAACUGAAGUGAAGAGUGUAACGGAUAAGCACACACCAGAGCAGAAUAAUGCACGGCCCGUUAAUCCUAUUGGAGGCCCACUGAAAACAACUGCGCAGCGUGGGAAGUGCGCAAAACCAGAUUCUAAGGUUGGGACACAUGUGCCAUUACCAGCAUCAUGGAUUAAAGCACAAGUUGAAGCAACGACAAAGAAACUCCGAAGACUCUUCAGUGCAUGGAAAUAUACUAUAAUUAUGAAUAACUAUUUGAUUAUGUUCUUUCUGGUUCUUUUUAUUCCUGUUACAGCUGUAUCCAUCCUUCUGCUAUUCCUAAAGGGAGAAAGGAAGACUUUUAUAUUAGCAGUUGCUGUCACAGUAAUCCUAGGAACUAUGUACUUGAUCAUGUUAUUAUGA